AAAAAUAAAACAUUUUAUUACUUUUUUCUUUUAACUUUUCUCAAAUUUUGUUCUAUUCAUAUAUAUACGUAAUAAAACAUCACCACAUGGAAAACAAAACCAGUAACAAGAGACAGAAGAAAAACAAACAAAACCAGAAACCAAAAAACCAAAACCAAAACCAAAAAACCAAUAUUGGAAAACCAAUUCUUAAAAAAUCCAAAAAAAGAUCAAAAUCAAAAUCGAAAAAAGAAGUUUUAACUGCUGUUGCAACAGAUACAAAAGAGAUCAAGAUAUAGAGAGAAAUUUAACACAUAAAGAGAAAGAAAGAAGAAAGAAAAGAAAGAUCCAUCCGUCCAUGCAUCUAUCCGUCCAUCCAUAAGAAGAAGUAGAAAAAAUGUAGAAAAACCAAAGUCUAAAAUUCCAGACGGUUAAAGAAAAGAAAGAAAAAACGGUUUAAAACAAUGAAAUACUAAAGAGAAAAGAGUAAAAGAGUAAAAGAAAUCUGCUUUUGAAGAAUAAAGACUAGAAAAAAGAGGAUAUAAAAAAGAAAAAAAAAGAAGAGUCUAUAUAUAUAUAAAACCAAAAACCAAAAAACGUAUCCACAUUCAUAAGAAUUCACCUGCCUCUCCCCCCAAAAAAAUAAAAACAAAACGAGUUCUAUGUAGAUAUAUAAAUUUAUCUUAUCUAUCAUAAUAUUAAUCCCAAAUCUUUUCAUCACUUUCAUUUUUAUCAUUUUUAUCAUCAUCUUUGU